ACGUGGCAUGUGAAUGAUUAUUAGCUGUGCUGUCCGAUUUGGUUUUCACAUCAUAAAACAGAGCAAAGAGAGUGAGUGAGAAUAACAACAAUAAUAAUAACAAUGUCGACUCUGACUGUCCCUCAUCCUCUUCCACCCGUCUCCGAUGACUGUGAACAGCUCCGCAAAGCCUUUUCAGGUUGGGGAACUAAUGAAGGACUGAUUAUAUCGAUCUUGGGUCAUCGGAAUGCUGAUCAAAGGAAGGUUAUCAGAGAAACGUAUUCUCAGACUUAUGGAGAAGAUCUCCUUAAGGCCUUGGAAAAAGAGCUUACCAGUGAUUUUGAGAGACUGGUUCAUCUUUGGACACUUGAAUCCGCUGAACGUGAUGCUUUUUUGGCAAACGAAGCAACUAAAAAAUGGACAUCAAGCAAUCAGGUUCUGGUGGAAAUAGCUUCUACUAGAUCUUCUGAUCAAUUGUUUUCUGCAAAGAAGGCAUAUCAUGCUCUUUAUAAGAAGUCUCUCGAGGAAGAUGUUGCUCAUCACACAACCGGAGACUUCCGUAAGCUCCUAUUACUUCUGGUUAGUUCUUACCGAUAUGAGGGAGAUGAAGUGAACUUGACUCUAGCAAAAGCUGAGGCAAAAAUACUGCACGAGAAGAUUUCAAACAAGGCUUACAAUGACGACGAUCUCAUCAGGAUUUUAGCCACAAGGAGCAAAGCACAAAUUAACGCUACUCUCAAUCACUACAAGGAUGCAUUCGGACAAGAUAUAAACAAGGACCUGAAAGCUGAUCCAAAAGAUGAGUUCCUGGCUUUACUAAGAUCGACUGUCAAGUGCUUGAUUCGUCCCGAGAAGUACUUUGCGAAAAUAAUCCGUUUGGCUAUCAACAAGAGAGGAACUGAUGAAGGAGCUCUUACAAGAGUGGUGGCAACAAGAGCUGAGAUUGAUUUGAAAAUAAUAGCCGAUGAGUAUCAAAGGAGGAACAGUGUCCCUCUUGAUCAAGCCAUUGUCAAGGACACCACUGGUGACUAUGAGAAAAUGCUUUUAGCGAUUUUAGGACAUGAUGAUGCUUGAGAUAUAUGUUUGUGUGUGUGUUUUCUAUUUGAAAGAGCAUAGUUGUCUGUGUUUUCAGCAUAGGUACUAUGUGCUUUCAUAACCUGUGUUUUCAGCAUGUUGUCUUUCCUAUGUGUUAUUGUGAUUGUGGAAGAGCAUUUAGAAUUGAUCCAGGCAUAAUUUGAAUUAGUCCUGCAAUAAUGUAUGUCUGAUUUGCUUUUGUAAAUCACAAUAGUGACCCUAUGGUUUCUUUUUCUAAAUUAAAUAUAUAGACAAUAAAUGGUUUUGUUGGCGUGUGCAA